ACGCAAUUUGACGUUAGGUGUAUUGUUGUUUUGGUUAUUUUUUCUAGGACAUUUUUACAUGUUUUAAGUAAAAGGAACCUUACUAUCGAUAUUUAAGAUGAAUCGCCGGUUACCCGUAAAAUUGAGAGAGCUUUCAGAGUGUUUUCGAACCAAAUCGCUGGAUCCUUUCUCGGUAGUCGAGCAAUGCUUUGCCCUGGCGGAGCAACGUAAAGAUUUGAACGCUUUCGUUCGCUUGUCCACAUCCCAAGCCCGACAUCAGGCAAAACAAUCCGCUCAGCGUUAUCGUGAUGGAAAACCUCUUGGUGCUCUAGACGGUGCUCCGAUUGCUAUGAAGGACAAUUUUUGCACCAAAAACGUUCACACAACCUGUGGUUCGCGUAUGUUGGAAAACUUCGUACCCACUUACAGUGCAACGGUCUACGAACGACUGGAGUGCCAAGGGGCACUGUUAGUUGGAAAGACAAACAUGGACCAAUUUGGAAUGGGGUCCGGAACAGUGGACUCAAUUUUUGGGCCGACGAAAAAUUGUUGGAGCGAGAAUUUACAGAAAGAUGAAUUCAGAAUCGCCGGAGGUAGUUCUGGUGGAUCGGCAGUAGCGGUAGCUUCGGGGAUCUGCUUUGCGGCACUUGGAUCCGAUACCGGUGGCUCGACUCGUAAUCCUGCCUCCUAUUGUGGAGUUGUUGGUUUUAAAUCAACUUACGGACUGAUCUCGAGGCACGGACUGAUUCCUCUGGUGAAUUCUAUGGAUGUACCAGGUAUAAUUACCAAAAAUGUCGACGAUUGCAUUGUGGUCUUCAACGCAAUUGCAGGGCCAGAUGAUCGAGAUUCUACAACGAUUAAGGUUCCCUUCAAUGCUAUUAACGUUCCAAAAUUAGAUCGAAUCUCGCUCAAAGGUUUGAAAGUAGGAAUUCCAAUAGAAUAUCAUUGUGAAGGUUUGUCUGACGAGGUUCUUAAAGCCUGGACAGAUGUAGCCGAUAUGCUUGAGGAGGCAGGGGCCAUAGUUGAAACGGUUUCACUUCCGUACACAUCUGCUUCAAUAUUCGUGUACUCCAUUUUGAAUCAGUGUGAAAUCAGCAGCAAUAUGGCUCGAUAUGAUGGAAUACAGUAUGGCCACCGGUCGGACGAAGACUCGAGUACGGAGCAAUUGUAUGCGAGAUCGCGAGCGGAAGGAUUUAAUAGUGUCGUUAAGAAUCGAAUUUUAGCUGGUAACUACUUUCUGUUACGCAAUAACUAUGACAAAUAUUUCCUGAAGGCACUAAAAGUUCGACGAUUGAUUGCAAACGAUUUCGAUCAAGUUUUUCGAAAGGUGGAUGUUUUGUUAACUCCUACCACGCUGAGUGCUGCUCCACGAUACAAAGAUUUCACUAGAAGUAACAACAGAGAUCAGUGCGCUGUGCAGGAUUUUUGUACACAACCUGCUAACAUGGGAGGAAUUCCGGCAUUAUCUGUACCAAUUAGGCUAUCGGAGGAGCAAUUGCCAAUUAGCUUGCAGCUUAUGGGACCUAAUUUUUCGGAGCAAAGACUGUUCGAGGUUGCAAAGUGGAUUGAAGCGAAUGUGCAGUUUGAUAAGUAUUGUUAACCCAAAUAAACUAGUCACAGAUUAUGUUUAAAGAAAAA